AUGGGUGAAGCAAGCUACCCAUAUAGAGUACAUCGGUGUUCAAAGUGUCCUGGGGACACACAAUACUAUUGUGAAUCUUGUCCACGUAAUAUGUGUCCCCAAUGUAAGAAAAAUCAUUUGACAGAUCUUAAAACUAUAGAUCACAAUGUUUUGACAUAUCGUGAUAAAGUCAACCAUAUCCCUACCCAGGAGAGCUGUUUGAGACAUCCUAGCAAAGUUUAUAGGAUGUAUUGUGAACCCUGUCAAGUUCCUGCUUGUGGUUAUUGCCAAAACCAUAAAAAACACAGCAUGAAAAAUGUGAAAACAGCAUAUAAAAACAAACGAAAACAACACGAAAGAACCAUUCACACCAUUAGAAGUGAGGCUCUUUUUAUCAGACCAGUUCUAUUAACCGGGAUUAAAACAGAUCUUAAAACCUGUGAAACAAAAUUUUCACUUUACCACUCUAGGAUGUUAACAAAGGCUUUGAAACUGAAGGAUCUCAUUGACUAUUUGCUAUAUGAUCUAUUGAACAACGUGUUUUGUGACUUUGAUUUCAAACACAGAUGUUUAAAACAGAAGAUAGAAAUGGGCAAACAUAUUGUCAGACUACAUAGAUACGUACUAAGAUAUGAAUAUUCAACAAUAAGACCACUUCAAUUCCUUUCGUUCAUAAAAAAAGCUCGUCUCCUUUAUAAACACUUAGCAGUCCACACCAGCAAGUUUUCCAUGACUAAGUCACUCAACAAGGAGGAUGUGGUGAAGUUACUGAGUGGAAUCCAAAUCACAGAGAGAGAUCAAAGUACUGAAGUGCUGACGGGAGUUGAUUUUAUCGAUUAUCAUUUAUUUUAAAAUCAGCGAUAUGUGAUUUCGCAUGGCAAGUAGUAUCAGUAAUCGAACUAUUUCUGAGAAAUUGUACGGAUCCAGGCAAGAUUAAACUCUAGUUUUGUUCAACCAAACGCUCGGCUGUCUCCGUUUAUCUCCGACAAGCAAGAGAGACUCUCUGUUUUGUCGGCUAUUAACGGAGACAGCCGAGCGUCUGGUUGAACAAAACUAGUACAUUGAAGUCUAGCGUAUGAAUACAUGAAUACGACUUCAAAAAAAAAAUCUAAACUGUUCGUACCAUUUAAAAUCUUACAAUAUUAUCAUGGUAUUAAUAAAUAGGUUUUCUUGAAAAACAAUGCUUCAGAAUACAUUGCAUCGAAUUUUAUCGAUUAUUUUCAGGAACUAAGUGUUGUCAGCGGUAUUGAUUUGUGCUUAGGUCCAAACACUGUUUCACUUUCUGUUUGCCCGAGUAAGUGCAUA